AUGAAAAAAAUAUUACAAUUUUUAACUCUAUUUUUGAUAUUCACUGAAGUUAUUUGUACUUUUUCUUAAGCAGUUAAUAACAGAUAGAGAAAUCUAUUAUCCUCAGCUAGUAGAUCCUCAGGUUCAAGAAGUACUAGUAGCAAUCGAGGAAGUGGAGGAGGAGGAAGUAGUAGUAGUAAUAGUUCAACAAGUUCUGGAGGCCUUUCUACAGGUGCUGCAAUUGCUCUUUAUGUCUGUGUCCCAGUUGGAUUUUGUUUGAUUGUUACUUUAAUUACUAUUGUUUGUAGAAGGUAUAACGCUUAAAAAGUAAAAAAGCAAUAAGAAUAGGUUCAAUAAAAUUUAUAAUUUAAUAAAUAAAAUGCUUUUUAACAGAUGUGUUAAGUGAACUAAAAUAUAGGAUAAUCAGCUUUUUAUCUCUAAGGACAAACUAAUCCUACUAAUUAUUAAUAACCUUAGCAGUACUAAUUCUAAGUAUAUCCAAAUUAAAAUAAUUAAAGCUAUUUUUGA